UGCUUCCACACAGUUCUACACUGAAAGCCUGAAAUCUGUCAUAAAUGGAAAUUCUGGACAUAAGAGUGGAAGAGAAAGAACAUGGUAUGACUUUCUGAGAGGAAGCUGUUUGCGAUGCUACUCCCAGGCAGGCGGUGGUGGCAGUGGGCAUCUUCUCUGCCUUCUCUCCCUGCUCCAGACCAGACAGCUCCCCUGCAGAACCAGCAUCCAAUGAGGCCUGGGAGAAAUCCUUGCUGACAAGCACCGGCUCCAGGGUCAGAGUGAUGGUCUUCUCCUACUCCAGCUGGCCCUAGUCUUCCUGCUCCUCCUCUGCUGUGACUUCCGGCCAGGCAACGAUGGGGAUCUCGAGGCCGGAGUCCAUGACAAUGGCAGAUGGAACAUUCGCUGCACAUACGGCAGAGUGGGACUGGCUGAAUCCAAAAGAAUCCCUUAAUCCCAGGUUGCCCGGUGUGAGUUUGUACGUCCCAUCAUGCCCAGACAACAGCAAGAUAAAUGCUGGGAACUUUUACAUGCUUAAGAGGCACUCAGGAAGAUAAGAAAAAACCUUUUCUUAAGGAGUAGAAUCUACUACAGAAGGAAAAGGAUGAAAAGAUGGAUGACUUUUCACUACCGUGUCCUAACAAUUUCCGCCAGUUCACACGUGAAUCUUUGGCUGCCAUUGAAAAAAGAAUUGCCGCCAACAAGAAAUGCAAAGACCACCAACCUAAAGAGAAACUUCGACCACAACUUGACCUGCAAGUUUUUCAGAAGCUGCCUACUCUCUAUGGAAAUCCUCCUCAGGAGCUUGUUGGGAAACCAUUGGAGGAUCUUGAUCCUUAUUACAAUGAUCACAAGACAUUUAUGGUACUGAACAAAAGGAAAACGAUCUUCCGAUUUACUGCCACACGUGCCUUGUGUAUACUUAGCCCUUUUCAUCCCAUCAGAAGAGCAGUGAUUACAAUUUUGGUACAUUCAUUGUUCACAGUUUUCAUUAUGUGCACUAUUUUAGCCAAUUGUGUUUUCAUGGCUAUUUCUGAGACUCCUAAGAAUUCUAAGUUAUUUGCAUCUUCUUUAUGGAAAAAAUAUGUUGAGUACAUUUUCACUGGCAUUUACACUUUUGAAUUAUUGAUAAAAAUAUUGGCAAGCGGAUUGUGUCUGAAUGAAUUCACUUUCCUUCGAGAUCCAUGGAAUUGGUUGGAUUUCAGUGUGAUUAUUAUGGCAUAUGUAGGGGAGUUUAGUGAUCUAGGCAAUGUUUCGGUCCUUCGUACAUUCAGAGUUCUGAGAGCUUUAAAAACAAUUUCAAUACUCCCAGGACUGAAAGUCAUUGUCGGUGCACUCCUCCAGUCCAUUAAGAAACUUGCUGAUGUGAUGAUCCUGACUGUUUUCUGCUUGAGUGUGUUUGCUCUCAUAGGCCUCCAGCUGUUUAAGGGCAAUUUGAAACAUAAAUGUGUCAGGAAUUUUAAUUCCACGAAUGGAACUAUUUAUUUGGAUGAAAAGAAAUGGGGCUCCUUUGAUGAGUUUAUUCAUGAUUCAGAAAAUUAUUUCAAGAAGAAUGACACUACAGAUUUCUUAUUGUGUGGCAACAGCUCAGAUGCUGGCUCCUGUCCAGAUAAAUAUGUGUGUCUCAAAGUUGGGGAAAAUCCAGAUAAUGGCUACACCAGUUUUGAUACGUUUGGCUGGGCCUUUCUUUCUUUGUUCCGCCUGAUGACACAAGAUUAUUGGGAGCGUCUGUAUCAACAGACACUCAGAGCUUCUGGGAAGAUCUACAUUCUCUUUUUUAUGCUGGUCAUCUUUGUGGGCUCAUUUUAUCUGGUCAACUUGAUCCUGGCUGUAGUGACCAUGGCAUAUGAAGAGCAGAACAAAGCUACUAUUGCUGAAACUGAGGCAAAGGAAAAGAAGUUUCGGGAAGCCAUGGAACUGCUGAAAAAAGAGAAAGAGGCAUUGGCUGCUAAACGAAAUGAUACCAUGUCACUUUGCUCCUUUGAAAUGUCACCUUUAUCCUCCAAAGAAGUUAAAGACAGAAGCAAUAGGAGACAUAAAAAUAAGUCCUUAGGGAUAGAAGAUUAUAGAGAAGAACAAAAAGGUCCCAGUUCACAGUCCAGCGGCAGUCAACAAAACUUGACCCCUGUAUAUGAUGAAAUGAGCAAGAAACAUUUGCCCCAUUAUCUGUUAGUGGAUUCUUAUAAUGAGCCACAUCAAAGAAAAAGGGCAACUGAGACAGUUAAUACCAUUACCUGUGUGCUGGAUGAAUCGCAACAGAAAUGCCCUACCUGCUUGAAGAACUUUGCCCUAAAAUAUCUUAUUUGGGACUCUUGUCCACUGUGGUUGAGAAUCAAGAAAAAAGUGGCAAUUUUAAUAAUGGAUCCGUUUACUGACCUCACUAUCACACUGUGCAUCGUGGUAAAUACUGUCUUCAUGGCACUAGAGCACUAUAACAUGACACAAAAUUUAAAAUCCAUGAUUAAAAUAAGCAACAUGAUCUUCACUGGAAUUUUUACUGCAGAAAUGAUCUUGAAAAUCAUUGCUCUAGAUCCCUACUACUAUUUUCAGCAGCGCUGGAAUAUUUAUGACAGCUUAAUUGUCACGGUUAGCUUAAUUGACCUGAGUUUACGCACCAAAAGUAAAGGAAGAAAAGGACGAGGAAACCUGUUAGUUUUACGUACCUUCAAACUGCUAAGGGUCUUCAAACUGGCAAAGUCCUGGACAACUUUGAAUACACUUAUUAAAAUCAUUGGUAACUCAGUGGGUGCCAUGGGUAACCUCACCUUGGUUCUGGCCAUCAUAGUCUUUAUUUUCGCUGUGGUCGGAAUGCAACUUUUUGGGAAAAGCUACAAAGAGCAUUGCCAUAAAAUGAGUGAGGACUGCAAGCCACGUUGGCAUAUGAUGGAUUUUUUCCACUCGUUCCUUAUUGUAUUCCGAAUUCUGUGUGGAGAAUGGAUUGAGACCAUGUGGGAUUGUAUGGUGGUAGCUGGGCAACCAUUAUGCCUUGUUGUCUUCUUGCUGGCCAUGGUGAUAGGAAACCUCGUGGUUCUCAACCUGUUCAUUGCACUGCUGCUAAACUCCUUCAGUGCUGACAAUCUUCAAGCACCGGAAGAGGAUAGAGAGAUGAACAACCUUGAGAUUGCAAUUGGUCGGAUCCACAAAGGACUUUACUUGCUGAAACAUGCAACAUGGGAUUACUGUUGUGGAAAGCUCAGGAAUCCAAAUAAAGCUACCAAACUGAAAAUGAAAUUAGCCACUAAGAACACAAAUGUGGAGAGUGGGAAAGAAAGAAAGAAGUGUAAAGAAAAUUACAGUAACGAUGUGACUAAGAAAAAGGGGGACAAGUGCUCAGUUAGCAUCCUUGAAGAUUUUAUUACCAAUCCAAAUGUGUUUGUCUGCGUCCCUAUUGCUGAGCCAGAGUCUGAUAUUGAGGACUAUGAAGAAAAUGAUAAUAAGUCGAGCAUAUUCACAGAAAUGGAUUACAAUAAACAGCAGGAAAACCACCUUAGACUGAGGGGAGAACAAUGUAAAAAACCAGGAGCUUGGUGUAAAGGAUCUGAGAUUUUCUCUGAGGACUUAACUGAGUUUAACAUAGGAAAACAAUGGAAGGUUGAGUCAUCAUCUCUACUUCCAAAAGAGCAACUGGAUUACAUCAGCUGUUCUGAAGGCAGCACAGCGGAUCUGACAAAUCCUGAGGAGCUUCUGAAACAGAUCCCUGAGCUUGCUGAAUACUUAAAGGAACCUGAUAACUGUUUUCCAAAAGGCUGUGUUCGACGUUUCCCUUGCUGUUUAGUGAAUGCCACAAAAUUUCCAGGCAAAACAUGGUGGAACCUGAGGAAAACAUGCUACAAAAUUGUUGAACACAACUGGUUUGAAAGCUUUAUCAUUUUCAUGAUUCUGCUAAGCAGUGGAUCCCUGGCAUUUGAAGAUAUUUAUCUUGAAAAAAGAAAAAACAUUAAAAUUAUGUUGGAAUUUCUUGAUAAAAUGUUCACUUACAUCUUUGUCCUGGAGAUGCUUCUGAAAUGGCUGGCUUAUGGCUUCAAGAAGUAUUUCACCAGUGCCUGGUGUUGGCUUGACUUCCUAAUUGUAGGUAUCUCCUUAACAAGCCUCAUAGCUAACUCUCUUGGAUACGCCGAAAUAAGUCUCAUGAAAUCCCUUAAAACCUUGAGAGCCUUGAGACCAUUAAGGGCAUUGUCACAGUUUGAAGGGAUGAGGGUAAGAAUAAAUAAAGCAACCAUUGAAACCCCUCUGUGUGAACAUCAAGUGGUUGUAAAUGCCCUAAUAGGUGCCAUUCCUUCCAUUAUGAACGUUCUGCUCGUCUGCCUCAUUUUUUGGCUCAUUUUUAGUAUCAUGGGAGUGAGCCUGUUUGCAGGGAAAUUUGGAAAAUGCGUUACCAAAGAAAACCCUGGAUUCACUAAAACUAUUAAGGAUAAAAAGGACUGCGAAAACAAAAAUGACACACAACAAUUAUACUGGAUAAAUCCUAACGUCAACUUUGAUAAUGUUGGCUCUGGUUAUCUGGCUCUUCUUCAGGUGGCAACAUUUAAAGGUUGGACAGACAUUAUGUAUGCAGCCGUAGAUUCAAAAGGGAAAGAACAGCAGCCACAGAGGGAACGCAAUCCAUACAUUUAUCUCUAUUUUGUGUUUUUCAUCAUCUUUGGAUCUUUCUUCACACUGAAUCUCUUUGUCGGUGUCAUUAUUGACAAUUUUAACCAACAAAAGAAAAAGUUAGGUAGACAAGACAUCUUUAUGACAGAAGAACAGAGAAAAUAUUAUAAUGCAAUGAAAAAGCUGGGAUCCAAGAAACCUCAAAAACCUAUACCAAGGCCAUUGAACAACUAUCAAGGUUUUUUUUUUGACAUUGUAACAAGCCAAGUCUUUGAUGUUAUCAUCAUGGUUCUCAUCUGCCUUAACAUGAUCACUAUGAUGGUGGAAACUGAUGAUCAAAGUACUCGGAAGACUAACAUUCUUAACAAAAUCAACAUGUUCUUUGUUGCCAUCUUUACUACAGAGUGCAUUGUGAAAUUGUUGGCCCUAAGACGCUACUACUUUACCAAUGGCUGGAACAUAUUUGAUUUAAGUGUGGUCAUCAUGUCCAUUGUUGGUACUGUGCUUUCUGACAUUGUUAAUGCAUUUGAAAAUUACUUCUCACCUACACUCUUCAGAGUCAUUCGCUUGGCUCAGAUUGGACGAAUACUAAGACUUGUCCGAGCUGCCAAAGGAAUUAGAACACUUCUUUUUGCUUUAUUGAUGUCUCUUCCUGCUUUGUUCAACAUUGGCCUCUUACUUUUUCUGAUCAUGUUUAUUUAUGCCAUUUUUGGCAUGGCUAGGUUUGCUUAUAUUAAGUGGGAGAGUGGGAUUGAUGACAUGUUCAACUUCCAAACUUUUGCUAACAGCAUGCUUUGUCUCUUUCAAAUCACAACUUCUGCUGGCUGGGAUGGUUUUCUCAAUCCUAUUUUAAACACUGGACCACCACACUGUGAUCCAAACAUACAUGGUACUGUGGGGGAAUGUGGCAAGCCUACUGAGGGUAUUAUAUUCUUUGUAAGUUAUGUCAUUAUAUCUUUUCUUAUUGUUGUAAACAUGUAUAUAGCUGUUAUUUUAGAGAACUUCAAUGUUGCCACGGAAGAAAGUACAGAUCCUGUAGGUGAGGAUGACUUUGAUAUGUUUUAUAAAGUCUGGGAGAAAUUUGAUCCAGAGGCAACUCAGUUUAUUAAGUAUUCUGCACUUUCAGACUUUGCAGAUGCUCUGGCAGAGCCUUUACGCAUAGCAAAACCAAAUAAAAUUGAGCUCAUUGCUAUGGACCUUCCUUUGGCCAGUGGAGACAGGAUUCACUGUUUUGAUAUUUUAUUUGCUUUUACCAAACGAGUAUUAGGAGAAUCUGGGGAGAUGGACAAACUGAAAGAACAAACAGAAGAAAAGUUUUUGGCUGCCAAUCUAUCCAAGUUUUUUCAUGAACCAAUCACAACCACUCUCAGACACAAACAAGAGGAAGUUUCUGCCAUUAUUAUCCAGAGGGCUUAUAGAAGUUAUUUGAUUCAACGGUCCAUGAAGCAGGCCUCUCUCUUAUACCAUCAUAGAACUAGUGAUGGUGAUAGCCUUGAAGAUGUUUCACAGAAGGAAGGACUUAUUGCAUUCAUGAUGCAUGAAAAUUAUGGUAGGACUCUAGACACGUUUGAAACUGUGUCCUCGACAUCUUUCCCUCCAUCCUAUGGCAGUGUCACUGGGGACACGAAUGACAGUCCCCAAGAAGAUGGCAGACAUGUCUAAAUGUAAUAUACUAUUGGUUGUCAGCUGUCUUCAGACAAAGAUGAACAAUCCAUUGUUUAAUAUUUUGUUAUUAAUGCUUUAAAACAAUCACAGUAUAUAAUGAUGUAAAUGUAGAACAACGAACACAGUCUUCUUUUUAAACAGCUUCAAAAGAAAUGAGGUUGAUUCUACCCUUAAUUAUGGAAGUCCAUAAGCUGUAACAUUUGUCCUUUCUACCUUCAACUUUAUUCAGUGUUUGUAUUUAGCUAUAACUAGGAAAAAUUUGGGUGGCAUCACAGCUGUUAUAUUAGCAGCAGUCCCGAAUUAAGGCAGAAUUCUUGGUCCAGUCAUAGACUUAAUUAGAAGAGCACGCUGCUUACUUCUAAUAAACAUCCAUCUACUUAGAUUGUUUUGCCUUACUGAAAACCAAGUUCAAGGAGUGUUAGGUAAGUUUCAAGGUAUCUGGGAACAAAUAGUUAUCUGGCAAAAGGGUGGGAGAAAAUCUAAUGGUUUGUGAAGGAUUUGAAGAAGGGUGGGGGAUGAAAUGUAUCCUAAUUAACACUUUGAUUACAAACCUGAUAGACUAAGGCUCCCAAUCUUUUCAGUUCUGUGAUCCACAUAUCACAAACAUAGCUAUUGCAUGACCCAUUGAUAUGUCAAACUGUACUGGAACUCCUCCAAUAUGAUGAAUUUAAACACUAGCCGUGCUAUGUAUAUUAUUGUAGUCAAGUUACUGCAGUAUAAUAAUGUAAUGAAUGUAACACUUAACAUUACAGAAACAGUAACGAAUUAAGUGAGACUUUUUUUACACAAAAUUGAACUGUGAACUGAAUUGUGAAAUUGGCAUCUUUUCUUUCUAAAGAUCUUCACAACUUUUAUGACAUCAUGAUCUCAUUAGCCAGGACUUGUCCACAAAGAUUCUAUCAUAAAAUCUCGAAUAUAAUGCGCACCGAUGUAUAAUGUGCACUUUGACUUUUGAAUUUUAUCAUAAUGAAAAAAUCUAUACUCCUAUAUAUAAUGCUUACUCCGACUUUGCCUAUUGUACAUGUAUUUUAUGAUACCUGUCAUCAUAGAUACGAAGGCAUCAUUAAAUAUAGUCUAUUCAAUUAUAAGUCUAUGGUAUGCCGGCACGUUGUAUUUCCUGCCUUUUUGUAUUGCCGGUUGAUUGCACGUACGACUAUAGAAUACGUGGCAUUUUGACGCUCUAUUACCUUUAAAUUCGGUUAAUUUUAGUAAUGUUUAUGACUUAUUUUCAUAAAUGUCAGCAAUUAAUUGACUAUAAAGUAUUUCAUACAAGAAGUAAGACGUACAUUUCAUAUUAUUUAUUGUUUUUAAAUAUUUUAAAGCAUUCUAGGAAUCUCUGCCAUUUCAGUUGAUGUUGAUUUCAUGUUUACUGCCGUCUUAGCGUGGCGCCAGCAUAGCGGAGGUUUGUCGUCUUCUGACACGGAACUGCCAAAAUAAAACUUUAAACAAUAACUCCUAUAUAUAAUGCGCACCCUGACUUUGACCCAAAAACUUAGAAAAAAAGUGUGCAUUAUAUUCGAGAUUAAACAGUAUACCUUGGCCUAGCUUUAGUCUCUUCUACCACGCAUGUAAAUCCUAUUUAAUAUAAAUGGGUUCAUAUGAUUGGUAUGAACCAUUUUGCUUUUCAUUGUCUGAUUUGUCUUCUUUUCUGUCACAUUGUCAGAUAUUCAGAGCCAUAAGACCACUCCAGUCUCUCUUGACAUUUACAUUCUAUAUUUUAAAAAUCUGUUGAUUUUUAUAGUAACUCUGUUUUCAAGAUAAGGUAAAAAAUUGCAAGAUUCCUGUAACUACCAAAGGUUGCUGGUCUAGGGGAAGCACAGCUUUCCUUUCUUCACUGCAGUGAUUUCAGACUAAAAAGAAGCUGAGGAUGCGAUAUUAGACUGGGACUCUGAUGUGGGUUCAGUUCUGUGCUUGGCUACAGACUUCCCAUGUGACCGUGGGCAAAUCAUGCUUGAUUGCAGUGCAGAUGUACUGUAAUUUCUCUUUCAUUCAGUGCUCCCUCUAUAAAAUGGAAAUAAUAAUACCUCCCUUUCCCCCACUUUUGUCUGUUUAGAUAGUGAGCUCUUUGGGCAAGAAUUGGCUCUUACUAUGCAUAUGUACAGUGCCUUGCACAAUGUGGUCCCAAUCUUCCUCAGAGCUUCUAAGUACUAUUUGAAUACAAAAAUAAUAAAUAAUAUUUGU